CGGGGUGGCGGCAGUCGAGCCGCAGCGCGAGUCAGUCGCGCCGAGCGCGCAGCCACUGGACGGGUCCGUUCGUCGAGGGUCUCCGGUCGGCGACGCGCGAUCUCGCUGGGCCAUGGCAUCACCUCCUGCCAAAGGAAAAAGGGAACAGUCAGAAGAGGGUGACCUAGAGCUCCCUGUGUCCCCCAAGCCAGACGGUGAGCAGAGCAGGAGUCAGAGCCCCAUCCAGCUGGAGGACUCCCAAGAGGCAGGCGAGGAGCGGGAGGAGGAACAGGCUUUCCUGGUCAGCCUCUACAAGUUCAUGAAGGAGCGACACACGCCCAUUGAGAGGGUGCCCCAUCUUGGCUUCAAGCAGAUUAACCUGUGGAAGAUCUAUAAGGCAGUGGAGAAGCUGGGGGCCUAUGAGCUGGUGACGGGCCGCCGACUCUGGAAGAAUGUGUAUGAUGAGCUGGGGGGCAGUCCAGGCAGCACUAGUGCAGCCACGUGCACGCGCCGCCACUACGAGAGGCUGGUCCUCCCAUACGUGCGGCACCUGAAGGGGGAGGAUGACAAACCACUGCCCCCCGCCAAGCCCAGGAAGCAAUACAAAAUGACCAAGGAGCUGAGGGGAGAUGACGGGACCACUGAGAAGCCAAAGAAGGCCAAGGACUCGGAGAGGCAAGCGGACCAGACCACACCGGGAAAGGCCAAACCGGAUGCCACUGGCCUGACACAACUUCCCAGCCAGGCACCCUCAAGGGAUAGUACGGAACAGCUAGGCCCAACAUCUGGGCCCUCUUUGCCAUGCAUGGGUGCUAGUGGCUGCCCUGAGGCCUACAAGCGGCUCUUGUCCAGCUUCUACUGCAAGGGGGCGCAUGGCAUCAUGUCCCCGCUGGCCAAAAAGAAACUCCUGGCCCAGGUCAGCAAGGCAGGGGCCUUGCAGUGUCAGGAAGAAGGCUGCCGCCACGGGGCAAGGAGCCCCAGCGAGGACCUUCGAGAAAGUCCCCCGAACCUCAGAGGACCGGCCAAGAACCCUGGACACCGGUUAACCCCCCCGGAAGGGUUGCAGGCCCCCGGCUGCGGCAGCGCCAGCGCCAGCACGGCGUUGCAGGAGGGCCUCUGCCCCACAGCCCCCCACUUUCACGCCUACCCCACUGAGGUGCUGAAGCCUGUCAGCCAGCACCCCAGGGACUUCUUCUCUGGCCUUAAAGACAGGGUGAUGUUGGGACCGCCUGGUAAAGAGGACGGGCUCUCGGGCAAAGAGCCCCAGCUGGUGUGGGGUGGGGAUGCCAACCGCCCCUCUGCAUUCCAUAGAGGCAGCUCCAGAAAAAGGAGUUUCUACCCCAAGCCCAAAGCCUGCUGGGUGUACCCCAUGGCCAAGGUCCCUGCUGAGAGCCCUGGAGCCCCGCCACCCCUCCCAAGUAGCCCAGGCUUGGAAGACGAGUGCUCCGCUCAUGGAGGCAAGAAACUGAAGGCAGUGUCUCCCCUGCUGAAGGAGGUGGAUGCCAAGGAGCCUGGGCGCAGGCCCGCAGUGCCUGGCGUGGCUGUGUCCUGUCUGCUGGGCCCCGCCCUGGGGCCCACCCCUCCCGAGGCCUACAGGGGUACCAUGCUGCGGUGUCCUGUGAACUUCACCGGUAGCCCAGACCCUCUGAAGGGCCAGGCCGCACUCCCCUUCAGUCCCCUGGUCAUCCCAGCUUUCCCAGCCCAUUUCCUGGCUACCGCAGGCCCCUCACCCGUGGCUACCAGCCUGAUGCAUUUCCCUCCCGCGUCCUACGACACCGUCCUCCGCAACAGACUGGGUCCGCCUCCAUCUGCCUGGCACACGCCACCCGUCACAACCUACGCGGCGCCUCAUUUCUUCCACCUCAACACCAAGCUGUAGGUUAGAGCAUCCACGUGCUGUGCUAUGAGGACUGGACGGGACGGGGUCUCGAAAGGGCAGGGGCUGCCGGGGACCUCAGGCCAGAGCCCACUGUUUAGAACUCCCAGGCCAGUUAGCCUCUCAAGUCUGUGUCCCCCUCCCCCUGGCGCAGAUGGGUAAGCAGCAGGCUUGUCUCAACGAAUCCGCUUGAACCCAAAGCCCAGGGACCAAGCUGUGGUAAAAUCACAAAAAGGACCCGAGCUAGUAUUCUCUCUCCUCCAAGGUCAAGAGCACUGAACAGCGAAGGCGCUAGAUAGUAGCGCAAGGCAUCCGGGGUGGCCAUGAGAGGUCCAAUAAAAAGACACUGGUGCCAUUGCACCCAGCCCUGAGGUGUACGGCGUUGGACUUUUGCAAGGGAAGGUGAGACAGGACGGGAGCAAAGACGAAACGAUGCCAUUCCGAUCUGGAUGCUACCACCCCACAGGCGGGCAGGCCCAGAGCAAACCCUGACCUCUUCUGCACAGAUGAACUGUCAUGUUUCCUUUGUUCCAGCCUCGGGACACCUGCCCGGUGAGGUGGUUAAGGUGCAAAGCCCCGAGGACACUGGUGACUUGCGAAACACCAGGGAGGGGCUGUGUGGUUCCAGCCUCCAAGCUGAGCCACAGACCCGGUCCCCGGAUGUGUCUGCCCUGCACCUUUGUGCCAGCACUAGGAAGGGAGUUGCUUGCUUUGAGAGUUCUUGCUCUGUUGCUCAGGUUAGUCUCAGACGCCUGGCCUAAAGCAAUCACAACAGCCGUGGACCAUGGGGAAAGGGGACUUCUGAGGUUGCUAACACAAGCCCCAGGUUGUGUGUCCUGGUAGUGGGUAGACUUGUGAACGCUGCUGCCGAGUGCUCUCAGCGACCUGUCACCAGCACACCCACUUUCCCGCUACACAUACUGGAUUUGGGGUGAGGGGCAGAGGGCACCCGUAUGUGCCUGGGGAUCUGUUGCCAAGCCACAGUUAAGUUUCAGCUGUGCUGGUCCCAGGGGCCCACAGAGGAGCCCUAUGGCUUAGCACCCUCCUCCCUUAGAGAUGGCUUGAUCCGCCAAUCCCAAGGAGACUGUCAGUACAGCUUCUCAGCUGUUUGUUCCUGGGGAGGCAGAACCACCAUGGCCCAGAGAUGCCAGGAUGUCAGUGAACCAGGUCAACAAAUGGAACUCACCCUGGGCCUGACCUCAGGCCGUGGGUAGACGGGCAAGUGUUCGUGGCCCCCUUAGUUCACAGGUGGCAUGGCUAAGGCCAGGGAUGGGAGUGUCACUGAGGAUGCCCGGCUUUGGGAAAUGGGUGGCCAGGGAAGGUGGGGACCAGGUAGCCAGAGUGGAGAGGGCUGUCCAAGGAUGCUCCAAGGACGCACUCAAGCAUCUUCCAGCUCUCCAACCUCCUGGAGACCCUGAGAUGCUAGCCUGUGUAUUCCCUGAGCUCCUGGCUGCUCUACUGCACUGUCCCCAACUGUGAGCUUGUCCAGCCCAGUGAGGAGGGACCCUAGGCUAGCAAAUGCCCCGUGCUUUUGCAUGUGGAGGGCUCCCCUUGUCUACAGAGUAACACUAGUCUCAGCCUGACUUGGGAGUACACUGUUCAGGACGGCAGGGGUGAGGCCCUCUGCAGGCACAUCUGGAGAAUGCACAUUCUGUGGGGUAGCAGGGUGAAUGGGUUCCUGCGACCUCUGCCUAAGCAAAGACACUAGAAAUGAAUGCAAGUCAGGCAUCUUGGGAAACCUUGGAACUCUACACUGAGCACCCAUGUAUUUCCCUCACGUGCAAAUUCUCAUCCUGCUUCCCACAGAGCGAGAGAACUCCAAACACCGCGCUGGCGGAUGGGGGUGCGUGCUGCGCACCUUCCCAGUCACUCUUGUCCCUGACAGCUGCCCCAGCGGACUGUCAGGCCAGCAGGGCUCUCGGCGUCUGUUCAGUGUAUCAUUUGGAUUCUGGGUCUACUUUCAAAUCAUUUGUGACACCUGAGCUGCUAACUUAGGUGGGAGAAGGCAGAGGCCACCCCUACCCGUGGUCCCAGUUCAUUUCCCUUGAGUGUGAUGAGUCAGGCAUUCAGCAGGCAGCACCUUUGUUUGCUUUGGGGGUUAAAGCAUGCUGCCCUUUAACUGUCUUGGUGUUCAGCUUGGUGGCAUUAAACGCACACGCGCCUCACUGGGCAGGUAUCAGCACUACAGUUUCAAUCAGAGCAGCCCAGAGUAUUCUUUAGCAGAGACCUUGAGAAUGGCUAGAGGAGAUGAUGGGCAAACAGAGCAACAAGUCCCCAAGGGAGUGGGGCCCAGGAACCAGGGGGCCUGUGGGGUUGGGACAGAGGAAGAAGCCAGAAGUGACUCGGGUUUGGUGCAGUUGGGUUUUUACAUGUAAUAAAAGAAAGAUGG